AUGGUUAUGAAGACAGGAAAGUACGUACUAGGCUACAAACAAACGCUAAAAGCUCUGCGUAAUGGAAAAGCCAAGUUGGUCAUCAUUGCCAACAACACUCCUCCCCUCAGAAAGUCAGAGAUUGAGUACUACGCUAUGUUGGCGAAAACUGGUGUCCACCAUUACAAUGGAAGCAACAUCGAUCUUGGAACUGCCUGCGGUAAACUCUACCAUGUUUGUACUCUGUCUGUUACUGAUGCUGGAGAUUCCGAUAUCAUCCGCAGCAUGCCAUCGGAGACGGCAUAA